UGUCGGGACCGAUAAGGACAGCGGACCUCCACGAUGCUGCGCAACCUGAAGGUGGUGGAUGUGACGCGGGUACUUGCUGGCCCGUUUGCAACGCAGCUGCUGGGGGACAGCGGCGCGCGUGUGUGCAAGAUUGAGCCGUUUAUUGGGGACGGCACGCGCCUCUGGGGCCCGCCAUUCGUGUCUGGCAGCGAUAACAACAAGGCGACCAGCGGCAGUGGUGGCGACAGCGACAGCGACAGAACCGAUCCAAGCAACGACAACACACGCACGGCGACGUACUUCUUCGCCGCAAACAGAAACAAGCAGAGCCUCGCCCUCGACCUCAAGAAGCCAGAGGGCCUAAGCAUUGUCAAGGAGCUGGUGGCAGAGGCUGAUGUGUUUGUUCACAACUACCUGCCAGAGAGGACAAAGCAGUUUGGGCUCGACUACGAGGAGCUCAGCGCCAUCAACCCGCGCCUCAUCUACUGCGAAAUCAGCGGGUGGGGGUCGAGCGGCCCCCGCUGCCACGAGCCCGGGUACGACAUGAUUGCCUCCGCUGUUGGCGGAUUCAUGCACAUCACUGGGGAACCAGACGGCCCGCCAGGCAAGCCUGGCGUGGCCAUAACUGAUCUGGCGACCGGUCUGUUCGCCCACGGCGCCAUCCUCACCGCUCUCCUCGCACGCGAGCAAACAGUGCGACACGCUGCACCAGCACGCGCAGCCGGUCCUAACCACCACCACCACCACCACCACCACCACGACGACGACGCACCAUCACGUGCCACUGCAUCACAGAGCAUUGUUCCGUAUCAGGCCUUCCCAACGCGCGACCGCCACCUCGCCAUCGCCGCCGCCACCAACCAGCAGUUUGCUGCGUUCGCCAACGCCGUGGGCUGCACCCACUGGCUCGAGGAUCCACGGUUUGCCACAAACGAACAGCGCGUCAUCAACAGGGCUGAGCUGGUGCAGGCGAUCAGCGAUGUGCUGCAGCAGCGGACGCGCGACGAGUGGUGCGAGCACUUUGCUGCCUCGCGCGUGCCGAGUGGCAUGUUCUCAUAUGGGCCCAUCAACUCCAUCACAGAGGCGUUUGCGGAUGUGCAGGCGACGGCGCGAGGGAUGGUGCAGACGGUGCACAGCGACGUCUUUGGCGACAUCAGGCUCUGUGGGCCCGCAGUCAAGUACUCACAGGGGGACGGGGCGCGUGCUGCGACGCCACCACCGCUGCUUGGCGAGCAUUCGCGUGCGGUGCUGCGGGAAUGGCUUGGAUACGAUGACAGCAAACUCGACGCAUUCCAGCAGCGAGACGUCAUCCGCCAGCACCCGCGGUCACAGACACACGCGCAGGGAUGA